AUGGAGGCUGCCGGUCUCGUCAUUGGGGUCGCCGGGCUCGCCGGGCUCUUCAACUCCUGCCUGGAAGCCGUUGACAAGGUGCAAUCCUACCAGACAUUUGGAGCUGACUCGCACGUCUUAGACACUCGGUUCCAAGUUGCCAAGGCCCGCUUUGAGCGAUGGGGCCAAGGCGUAGGGAUCGAGAAAGGCAAGCUGCAGCCCUAUCAUCACCUUGCCCUGGACGACAAAGAGACGUCUACUGUGGUGACGGAUGUGUUACAUAUCAUCAUCAAGGCCAUUUGCGAUGCGGGCAACACGCCACGCCGGACUCGGGCCGCUGGGCCAGGCGAUGAUUCGUCUAGCUUGCACGGGCUGAGAACCCCUUACGCGUCCGACUCGAGGAGACGAAAGCUGACCUGGGCGCUCUGGGGCAAAGGAGCGCGCACGGAGCAGGUUGAGCUUUUCGAAAAGCUGGUGCAGGAAUUACAUAACCUGGUACCCCCAAGAAGUCAUCCAAGGGAGAGGACUUCGCUAGUUCACGCGUGGCCUGUCGAGGUACGGCGGGUCCUGGAUCGGAUCGAUCGGGAGAUGAAAGCCGAGACGCGACGCGAACUCCACUCCUGGCUUGGCCAGCGCCCUCCAAACGAACGCUACCACGACUCCCUCCAGCAGAGGGUCAACAACACGUGCAACUGGAUACUGGAACGGCCUGCCUUUCGGCAUUGGCUCGCCACAGACGCCUGCGUGGGACCGAAGCUGCUGUGGAUCAACGGAGCUGCGGGGUUCGGAAAAACGAUUCUCUGUGCCCACGUCGUGGAACACCUCAUGUCCAAACUCGACACGCCCGUCGCGCAGUUCUUCUUUACGUCUGAUUCCGAGGGCCGCGAUGACCCCUACUUGGCGCUACGGUCAUGGGUCUCCCAGAUCGUGUCGCAUCACGAGAGUGCAUACGAGCACGUUCGAAAGAGAUGGGAGUCCGACUCGGAUCCCCUCGCAACGCGCGCUACUAUCAUCACGGUCUUCAAGGAGCUCCUCGACGUCGUUGCUGGAUGCACAUUCGUUGCCGACGGUCUAGACGAAUGUGCCUAUUUAGACAACAGCAGCACCUCGGUCGCUAAAUUUGUCCACGACGUUACACAAGCGGUUGCCGGGACGAAUGCCCGAAUCCUCUUUGUUAGUCGUGACGAGCACAAGAUCCGACGUGCCCUCGUUGUCGACGCGCGCGAGAGCUUUGCUGAGUACAGGAUCCUGCCUGAAGACGUCCGAUCCGACAAUGCCGCCUACUCCCAGUCCAUCGUCAACAGGAAACUCCCCAACAAAAGCGAUGAUCUCCGGGCGGCCCUCUCCGAGGCAAUGACCGAUCGAUGUCAAGGCCAAUUCCUCUGGCUUAAAAUGCAAGAGGAAUCCCUUAGGGAAGGGAUGAACAAGAAACGACUUCAGGAUGCUAUUGCAAACACUCCUACUGAGCUGGGCCAUCUCUACGACCGUAACUGGACUAGAGUUACCCGGUUGGGAGAAUGGGAGAGGCAUCGAGCCUUCGCCCUCCUCCGCUGGACCGCGUUCGCACUACGACCCCUUACUGUCUGCGAGAUCACUGAAGCCGCUCUCAUUGAUGAAUCCGAAGACUUUCCAUUGGAAGAUCUUCCCGAUGAUGUAGAUGACGCCUUCGUCAACAGCGAAAUCAUUGGUUUGUGCGGCCCUCUUCUGGAGGUUAGGAAUGACCCUAUCGAUCCGUCUCCGAGCCGACGGACGGUGCAUUUACCGCACUUCUCUGUCCGACAAUACCUCCUUUAUCAGCUCCCCACUCCAGGAUGGAUCCGACAGAACGAUGACCUUCGGACUUCUUACGAGCAGCUCCAAAAUACCCUACUUGCUAAGGCUUGCCUCCAGUAUGUCAGCUUCCGCCAAGUUUGGGAGGACAUUCCCCAUGAUUCUCUACCUUCUACUGGCAUGUCAUUUCGAAGCUAUGCGGCGACGAGCUGGUAUCAACACGUCAACAUGGGUCUACCUAAACACGCGGAAAUAGCGAGGCUCUCCGUGAGAUUUCUGAGCCGGAAUAAUCCUGCCUGGAAUUCUUGGAGGACAUGGGUCGAGUCACAGGAUGCCGAACGACAGGAGAAGGAGGCCGAGGCCAUCACACCUAGCCCCUUGUACUACGCAGUAAAGUUGCACUUAACGGACGUCGCAAUUUCCCUCAUCACGGAACAGAACGCGAAUGAGACAAGCAGCCUGGGACGGUCGGCUCUUUUCGUCGCCUGCGCCAACGGGAACAUAGAUGUUGUUGACAUACUUCUCGAGAAGGGGGCCGACAUCACAAUCGCGAGCAAUAGCGGAUGGACGCCGAUGGAUGUGGCAUCAUAUAGCGGCCACGCCGAGGUGGUCAAGCUGCUUCUCGAGAAGGGGGCCGACAUCACAAUCGCGGACAAUAACGGACGGACGCCGGUGCACUCGGCAUCAAGGAAUGGCCACGUCAAGGUGGUCAAGCUGCUUCUCGAGAAAGGGGCCGCCAUCGCAAUUGCGGGCAAUAACGGACGGACGCCGGUGCACUCGGCAUCGCUCAACGGCCACGCCGAGGUGGUCAAGCUACUUCUCGAGAAGGGGGCCGACAUCACAAUCGCGGAUAAUGAUGGGUGGACACCGGUGAACGCGGCAUCAGCCAACGGCCACUUUGAGGUGGGGGCCGAUUUCGCAAUCGCGGACAAUUACGGAUGGACGCCGGUGAACUCGGCAUCAAGGAAUGGCCACGUCAAGGUGGUCAAGCUGCUUCUUGAGGAGGGGGCCGACAUCACAAUCGCGGAUAAUGAUGGGUGGACGCCGGUGCACUCGGCAUCAGCCAACGGCCACUUUGAGGUGGUCAAACUGCCUCCUGGGCAUGGAACCGACAGCACAGUCGGAAGUCAAGAGGGCACAGACGAGGGGGGUCACUGA